UCUUUUUUUUUAAGGUAAAUAGGAGGCAAGAGAGAGAUGGUUCAAAUGAUGAGAAAGAUGGAAAAUUCACGAUGGUGGUGGUUCGAUAGUCAUCACGACGCUUCAAAGCGAUCCCAAUGGCUUCAAACAACUCUUUCUGAGCUGGACAACAAGACCCAAGCAAUGCUAAAUUUGAUAGGGGAAGAUGCGGAUUCCUUUGCAAAACGUGCAGAAAUGUAUUACAAGAAGCGUCCGGAGUUGAUUAGCAUGGUUGAAGAUCUCUACCGGUCACACCGUUUACUUGCCGAGCGGUAUGAUCAAAUCAAGUCAGACCCUGAAACUCGACUUGUAACAACGUUGGGAUCCCCAUUUGCUUCCAUGAAGUACCAUUCAGAUAAGACCAUGAAUUUCAUGGACAAAAUCUAUGACAGCAGCUCUGAGACUUUUGAUUCCGAUGACUAUGCUGAAUCUGAAGUCGAUGACCCCGAACUCAAUGAAAGUGCAGAUGAAGUGGAGGAACACAAUCACGAAACCGCCAUAGUAACUAAAGGAAGGCACGUUGAGAAGGAAGAAGCUGCAACGAAGGUGUUCAAUGACGAAGCAAUGAAGUUAAGGGAAGAAAUAGAGAAACUGAAAGAAGAGAACAAGGCUCAGAAGGCUCAAUUAAUUCAGAAAGAUGAAGAGAAGAAAGAGGUGAUCAGACAACUCAGUUUGGCAGUCCAAGUGCUAAAGGAUGAGAAUAUGGAGCUUAAGCAUAGUAUUGCUAAAGUAGCACCUCACACAAGGAAAAGGAGUCCCCUUGAAUUCAACAAAAUUAAGGGAGUGCUUUUUGGGAUGUUAUUCAACGGAUCGCCGAAGUCCAGUUCGAGUGUCGUUGCUCUGUAGUUUUCAAGUUAGGUUACAUUAAGGCAAACACCAUAUACAUGUAAGUUCAGGUUAGAAGUAUUACCUCAGUUUGUGCCAUUCUUUUGUUCAAUUGUUUCUUUGUUGUUGUUUUCCCCUAGUGUGACACCAUGUUGUACUCAAUGUAGUCUUUGUGCUGAUGUUAUAUAU